AUGACGGUGAUGAAGCUGAUGUAUAGGCGUGGAAGAAAGAAAUUUGGACCAAACGAGGGGAUCUACAACAAAAGGUUUGAGAUAUGGUCACAGUAUUUUCACAAACAGCAGCAAGAUGUGAACAACUACUCGUUAGAAGCGGGUCCUAGUCGAAGAGCUAGUGAGCUUAACCUCUCUGAUGAGUCGUCUUCGAGAUCAGCAGGUUUUAUGAUUAUGAGACAAGGAAGCAUGAACUGCCAAGAUUGUGGAAACAAACCUAAGAAAGAGUACUGCCAAGUGUUUCAAUGCCAAACUGACGUCAAGGGUACUUGGGUUCCUGCUGCUAAAAGGCGAAGGAGGCAACAACUGACAGCAGCACAGCAGGAGAAAAAAAAGAUCUUUAAGAACACAAAGACCAAAUUGCAGCUGUCUGUUCCCAAGGCAAGUGGGUCGCGAUUGACUGAGCUACGGAAGGAAGAAGAAUGGGCAGCUAGAGAGAUCCAUUUAACAGGUGAUAAACAUAACGUGUCUGAGCUGCUGUCUGUUCCUAAGGCAAGUGGGUCAGGAUUGACCGAGCCACAAAAGGAAGAAGAAUGGACAGCCAAAGAGAUCCAUUUUACCGGCAAUAAACAUAACGUGUCGGAGCUGCCAAAAUCUCCAAACUGCUCUUCUUUGAUUGCUGUCUAUUUGCAAGGGAAUUAUGAGCUGACAGCUAUUCCUCCCCUAUUCUUCCAACACAUGGCCCUUCUCCAAGUACUAGAUUUGUCCCGUACUAGCAUCAAAUCUUUGCCAGAAUCUCUUCCCAAGUUGGUUGCACUGAAAAGACUCUUGUUACGAGGUUGUGAACUCUUUAUGGAACUAUCACCUCAGGUUGGGAAACUCAAAAAUCUCGAGGAGCUUGAUCUUGAUGAAACUCAGAUCAUGGAUCUGCCUAGAGAGAUUGGAGAGUUACUCAAGUUAAGACAUUUUAGAGUAUCGUUUUAUCAUAUAUGUGGAAAAAAGAAGGGGAAAUCAGACAUUGUGAUUCACCCUGAGACAAUAUCAAGUCUCUCGCAACUGGCUCAACUAAGCAUUGAUGUGAAUCCGGAAGACAAGAGGUGGGAGGAUUCUGUGGAAGUUGUUGUGAAGGAAGUGUGCAACUCAAAAGCAUUGAGGACUCUUAGCUUGUACCUUCCAAGGUUCCAACUUUUAGAGAAUAUAUCGUUUUUGUAUCCUUCAUUGUCACACUUUAGAUUUACUGUUGGCCAUCACAAGAGGAGAGUUAUAUCUCGUGUUCCUGCUGAAGUUGAAGCAAAAUUCAGAAACGGGGACAAAUGCUUGAAGUUUGUGAAUGGUGAAAACAUCCCAAUUGAAAUAAAAGGGGUGCUCUAUUAUGCUACUUCAUUUUUCUUGGACCAUCAUAAAACCGCCACGAAUCUAUCCGAAUUUGGGAUUGAGAAUAUGAAGUGGCUAAAAUUUUGCUUGUUGGCCGAGUGUAAUAAGAUGGAAACCCUUAUUGAUGGAGAGAUGCAUUACGAAAGAAAUGAAGAUGAUCGAUCUGAAUCUGACCUCGGUUCUGUAGAGCAUGUGCUUGAGUCCCUAGAAUAUUUGAGCAUUUAUUACAUGGAUAAUUUAGGGAGUAUUUGGAGAGGACCAAAUCGCUAUGGAUGUAUGUCUAAGUUAAAAUUCCUAGCGCUGCACACAUGUCCCCAGCUGAUUAACAUUUUCUCUCAUUCUUUGCUUGAAAACUUUGUCAAUUUGGAGGAGAUAAUUCUUGAGGACUGCCCUCAAGUCACCAGCCUGUUAAGUCAUGCAUCCGUCAAGCCAAAGAUUUCGGAUAAAAUAUUUCUCCCACGUUUAAAAAGAUUGCUGCUUCUCUACCUUCCUGAACUGGUCAGCAUUUCUAAUGGCCUACUAAUAGCACCAAAAUUAGAAAGCAUAGGAUGUUACAAUUGCCCAAAGCUUAAAAGUAUAUUAAAAAUGGAACUGUCAAGCAAAACUUUGAAGAUAAUCAAAGGCGAAUGUCAGUGGUGGGAAGAUCUGAAUUGGAAUGAAACAGAGUGGGGAAAUAGGCCAGCUUAUCUGAUGCGUAUCUUUUCCCCCAUCAAUAAUGAGAAAGAUGUGAUGACUCAGCUGGCAGAAGAUAGAGAUCUACUUGAAGCCACCAUAGAAAAUGAAGGCCAACAACCAGAUGAUGAAAAGUUGCUCGACGUUUCAGCACGAGAUCAUAAAGGCCAGUGUUCAGGUUAUACCGAGGAGAUAAAAACUGAGACAGAUAUGAUCACAAUGUCAACUCCUUCGGUGUCACCAUAUCUAUAUGAAAUGCAGCAUGGUAGCAUCCCUAUGCCUCUUAAAAUGGAAGAGGGGCCUAUGUAUGAAGAUUGGAAUGAACUUGCUGAAAGUCAAAUACGUGAGAUGGCUUAUCUUGAAAAGAAAAUCAUUGAAGCUGAGGCAGAAUUGAUGCCGAAAGUUGAUGUUACCAGUCCCACCUCAGAAAAGGGCAUGAACUCAGAUGAAAAUGUUUCAAUCGAAUCAGCUCACUUAUCUGGUCCUGAUUGUGUAUUUGCCAAUGAAUACGCAGGCAUUGCUAAAGUUUCUAUACAAGAUGAAUCCCAAGAAUCAGAAGAUGAAAAUUUAUUUGAAGUUUCAAAACAGGCAGACGACCAACAGACAGAUGGCAAGGCAGAAAGGGAGAGGCCGAUCCUGGAAAGGAACAAGAAAAGGAGUUGUUUGGAGAAAAUGGGUGGUUCCACUAGUGAAGAUGGCCACAUGGACCGGUUUCCAGUUGGUAUGCGUGUUUUAGCCGUUGAUGAUGACCCUUGUUUUCUCAAAGUUUUGGAAAACAUGCUUCGUAAAUGCCAAUAUCAUGUUACUACAACCAAUCAGGCAAUUACAGCCCUCAAAAUGUUGAGGGAAAACAGAAACAAAUAUGACUUGGUUAUUAGUGAAGUUAAUCUGCCAGAUAUGGAUGGCUUUAAGCUUCUUGAGCUUGUGGUGCUUGAAAUGGACCUACCUGUAAUCAUGUUGUCAGCUCACCUUGAUACCCCGAUUAAGGCGAUCACCCAUGGUGCUUGUGACUGCUUAUUGAAGCCUGUUCGGAUGACGGAGCUAAAAAACAUAUGGCAACACGUGGUCAGAAGGAAAAAACCUGAUUCCGAGGAUCAAAUUAAUGACCCAAAUCAAGAUAAGGCUCGGAGAGGAACUGGAGAAGCUGGUCAAACAUCAACGAGCAGUUCUGACCAAAAAGUAAAAAAGAAGCGAAAGGACCAAGGUGAAGAUGAGGAAGCAGAGGGUGUAGAUAAUGGACAUGAGAAUGAGGACCCUUCAACCCAGAAGAAGCCUCGAAUUGUUUGGUCUGUAGAGCUGCAUAGGGAGUUUAUUGCAGCUGUCAACAAAUUGGGUCUUGACAAGGCUGUUCCAAAGAAAAUUCUUGAUCUUAUGAAUAUUAAAGGGCUCACAAGGGAACAUGUGGCCAGCCAUCUACAGAAAUAUAGGCUUUACCUGAGAAGAUUAGCCUGUGUUGCAACUCAACAAGCAAACAUGUCUGCUGCAUUAGGGAGUAAAGAUCCCUCUUACUUGGGUAUGGGUUCACUGGAUGGCUUUGGAGAUCUUCGCACAUUGACUGGACCUGGAAUGCUUUCGAAUACUUCUCUAUCAUCAUGUCAACCGGGUGUAAUGAUUAGUGGACUGAACUCCUCAGCUGCUUUAAGCCUACGUGGGAUAUCUCCUGGUGUAAUUCAACCGGGACAUUCUCAAACCUUGAACAAUUCGAUCGAUGGUCUUGGGAAGAUCGAGCCAGCUGUGUUACCUGCAAAACAGAAUCAAAAUGGAACUUUGUUUCGAGGGAUCCCAACAUCAGUAGAGCUCAACCAACCGUCGCAGAGCAAGUCCACUAACCACUUUGGAGAAUUUAAUAGUGUUAAUGAUCCAAAUGUUUUUGGUGUUGCCACUUACUUCCAAGAUGCCAGAGUGACGGUCGGUAGCUCGAGCAAUUCUCUAUUUACUGCCUCAGGCAACCCUUUGUUGUUACAAGCAAACACACAACACACAGAAGGGAUUUAAAUUACAACGGCCAUCACAUUUUCGUUUAAUAUUAUUUAUCUUUAUUACAAACAUAAUAGAAAUCAUCGUAAUA